AUGUCAUCUAACCUAGUACAAAGCCUCAUAGAGAGGUUGCUCACCGUUAAGGGGAGUAGCAUGCAGCGACAGAUUCUUAUCCGUGAAGAGGAUAUACGGAAUGUUCUUAAUGCCGUACGUGAUGUAUUUAUGUCCCAGCCUAUGCUACUAGAGAUUAAACCACCAGUGCGUAUCUGUGGUGAUACUCACGGGCAGUAUUACGAUUUGCUGCGCAUUUUUGAGAAGUGUGGGUUCCCACCGUACUCAAAUUACUUAUUUCUGGGCGAUUAUGUGGAUCGGGGUAAGCAUAGUGUAGAGACCAUCACUCUUCUCUUCUGUUACAAGAUUGUGUACCCUGAGAAUUUCUUCCUACUCCGCGGCAACCACGAGUGUGCAAGCAUCAACAAGAUGUAUGGUUUUUUCGAUGAUGUGAAGCGACGGUACAAUAUCAAACUAUUCAAGGCCUUUACUGAUGUGUUUAAUACGAUGCCGGUAUGCUGCGUGGUUGGUGAAAAGAUAAUCUGUAUGCAUGGUGGACUAAGUCCUGAUUUGACGUCUCUUGCUGCUGUGAAUGAGAUAGAACGACCCUGUGAUGUGCCGGACAAAGGUAUCUUGUGUGAUUUACUGUGGGCCGACCCUGAGGAUGAAGUGAAAGGAUUUCUUGAGAGUGACCGCGGUGUGAGUUAUCUCUUCGGCGAGGACAUUGUGGGCGACUUCCUGGACAUGGUAGACAUGGACCUGGUGGUGCGUGCCCACCAAGUCAUGGAGCGUGGCUACGGUUUCUUCGCGAGUCGGCAAUUAGUAACAAUCUUCUCCGCUCCAAACUAUUGCGGUGAGUUUGAUAAUGAUGCGGCUGUCAUGAAUAUUGAUGAAAAAUUACAAUGUUCCUUUCUCAUUAUUCCGGCAAACAGCUAA